UUAAAAGCGGACGGAUGAAUUGACAGCCCCCAUCCCCACCCCCAGUUGGAUUAUUCAUCCUGGAAGCCUCCUAGGCGGAGGCGAGUUUUCCAGGGCGGAGGGUGGGAGGUGGGAUGGACAUCGGGGUUUAGCGGCGCCUGAUGGAGAGUGAAGGAUUCUCUCUCCGGGGGGGCCUCGGACCUCCGCCUUCGGCAGCUUCUCGCCUGCCCUCAGGUGGCUCCUUGCAGAAUGCGGGGAGCUCCAAGGUUCUUGACUGAGUGUCUAGUGCCUAGAGCGGUGUCCCGGCGGAGGCGGGCUUGGAGGCGCCGGGGGCCAGCUGAGACAGGCGGGGGGCUCCAUCCCCCGACCCCCGGCCUUAAGAGCGCGCGCUUCCCGGUUCCAGAGCCUGAGAAGCGAGUGGGAGGCGGCGCAGCUGCGGCCGGUCCCGCAUCCGGCCUCCCUGCACUCUCCCCUGGGAUGGGCUGCCCAGCAGGGAAGCCGGGGGUUCCUCUGAGGCAGGGAGAGGAGGGGGCGGAAGAGACUAAGGCUUAGUUCCAUGAUGAAAUGAAUGCAGGGGGUGGGGAGCAGAGGCAGCUGGGUGGAGCCCUACUAGCCUUUAAGAACCCGAGUCCCAAGGGACCGCCGAGCGCCCGCCUCCCUCCCGCCUCGCUGCUGCAGUCGUGGGGCGACAUGGACGGGCUCCAGGAGGAGGUGGCCCUGCUGGCCACGGUCACUCUCUUCGGGGUCCUGCUCCAAGCCUACUUCUCCUGGCAGGUGAUCACAGCAAGGAGGAAAUUCAAGGUGUCGCCCCCAGCCACCAGUGGUCCCCCAGAAUUUGAGAGAGUCUUCCGAGCUCAGGCAAACUGCACUGAAUACUUCCCCCUGUUCCUGGCAGUCCUCUGGGUCGCUGGCAUCUUCUUCCAUCAAGGUGUGGCAGCUGCCUGCGGCCUACUCUACCUGGGUGCCCGUUACAGAUACUUCCAUGGCUAUGCUGGGUCGGCCCAGGGGAGACUGGCCCCCCUGUACUUUGGCGCUCGUGUCCUCUGGCUGUUGGUAGGUCUGUCUGCGCUUGGCCUGGCCUUCCACUUUCUUCCGGUCUCCUUGAAGACCCUCAUCCCGAGGAGGCUCAGAGGCUGGCUGUGAUGGGGCAGGAAGUGAAGUGGGACCCCACAGAGGGCAGAGAUGAAGAGUGCCCACCCCGCCAGGGAUCGGGGGCUCUGCUGACAGUGGCACUUUGGAGAGGGGAAUGUGAUGCAGAUGCCCCCGAGGUUUGAAACAGAAUUAAACUUUUAUUACAAUUCACGUUUUAUAUAAUUAUAUAUCGACAUACGUGAAAAAAUCAAAUGUAUCCAAUAAUAAAAAACACAGCACAUUA